AUUUAUUGAAAUGCUAAGUUUUGGAGAAUCCGUAGCCUACCAGCUAUGUAUGCCUGUCUUAACACCUUCGUCUCCUCUCACCACCGGAAAGAUUUUCUUUCUUUAGUGGCUGGCUUGCGAGCGAGUAACGUUUUGCUUUCUUCGGCCAACUAGAAUCGCCCAGCCCUUCGUUUGUAUAGUAGGCGUGAAAACUUGUAACUGGCGUUGUCAGUCUGACGCCCGCCCAUGGACUGUUUGCACCUGACCGUUGUAGUUUUUCGUAAAGCAGGUACCUGAAGCAUGAAUGCGCAGUUGUUUGGGGCUAUAUCAAUGCACUCGCUACAGAUAGACAACUGACUCAGAGCUAUUCUGGAGGGCAAAAAAGUUCAUUUUACGGUAGAAUUCUCCUUUGAUGUCAUACUGUUCCAGACCUACACGUUCUGGCGUUGUGGUAAGGUUUACGCCAGUACCUAGUCACAGAAUAGUAGCCUAUUGGACUGUUCUAAUCUGGUCAACGGGCAAAAACUUGCCAUCAACCACCGAUUUUGCGCACCUCUUGACUGGAACUUCGUGAGGGGAAUACGUUAUGCCUACCGCCAUUAGUGCGUGUCGCCUGUUGUCACCACUUUACCGACACUCCCUCUAUCCAAUAGUUUGUACUACAUUUCCCUACUGACGAAGGAACCAGGACUCCGUGUCCAUGGUUACCAUUAAUGAAGUUGUCUAACAGAGGACUAGAACAUCACUCAGUUUUUCUUGUUUUUGCAGCAUAGACCCCAAGCCGUGGGUUUGCAGGCAGUGUGUGGUGAUGGAGGGUAGUGUGACGAACCUUAAUACGGUGGCCUUCAAGCCCAGAAAAACUGGCAACAGGAGUGACUUCAAUGCGCGGCCGAGCAGAGUUAACUUCCACGAGCUGGUGCAGCUCAGCGAUUCCCCGGCGAUGGUUCCAGAGGUGGAGAACAGGGAUAUCCUGAGUGCAGUAGUGGCGCUAUUCGACGUGUCGUUUCCAGAGUUGGGCACAGAUGAAAUCUAUGACAUCGUGAGUAGCCCUGACAGUCAAACCAUCGUUCUCCUGCGCAGUCAUACAGAUGUCCUGGAGGAGUACAGAGGCAGAGAACCCACUGAACCCCCAGGCAUCACGCCCCCCCCAGCUGAGAGCAGAGACGGAGAGUCAGAGAAGGGGAGGUUCUGUGAAGUGUUCAGCGAAUCAGACGACAGCUCAGACGAGGCAGGGGAUUCAGCUGAGCCUGCACAGGACAGGUCUGAGUGGGAGAAGUUCAGUAGCGGGGUGACGGAGUUCCUGGUGAAUGUGGGUGAGCGACGAGCGACGCGGAACAGAUUGAAUUGGGAGCAGGAGAUCCCGCCCAGUGCUGUGGGAGCGGAGUCGCUCAUUGUGGCAGCUGCCACAUACAAGCUGAGGAGACUGGAAAUAGGCGAAAAGGUGCUGGAGCUAUCUCUGCUGACGACCAGGCGGCGCUACCGUAAGUGCGGCGUGGGCAGCUACAUUGUGGAGCUCCUGAAGUCGCCUGCAGUGUGUGGGCCUUACGACGUGCUUCUGGCUCACGCUGAGAGCAAUGCAGUCGACUUCUUCACUAAAUGUGGCCUGACUGAUGAUCCCCUGCUGAACGAUAAGUUCAGGGAAGUGAGAGAUGAGUGGACCAACACCACCCUCAUGAGCUACCUGUCCUCCUUUAGCAUAGGCAGUCCGUAUCACAGCCCUGUUCCCCAUGCGGACUCGGGUAUCAGCGCCCCUGGGCCCUCGCUGAACCUGUGGGAAGUGGAGCUGGAGGUGGAUCUGAUGAGGAAGAAGGCUCUGCUGGCGUACCAGCAGCAGGCGGUGUGCGUGACGCGCCUCGUCCAGGAAGUGAGCGCCCUGAGGGAGCAGUUAUCACUGCAGGUGCGAGAAAUGAAGGCUCUGAAGAUGGAGCUGGAACUGGAGAGAAAGCGACGUAGCAGGACAGAACAACAGUUCCUGGAGUACAGGCUAAUGACAUCGCAGCAGCUCGUAGAGCGACCCAACACUGGCACAGAUGAACAGGACUUCAGAGUGGCUGAAGAUUCGGGGGCGGAGUCAGUGGACACUACAGAGGAGGGGCCAUGCAGGACAGAGGAGUGGCCAGAGAUCAGGCAGGCAACAAAACCACCAGUAAAGAGGGAAACAUGGACAGACAGACAGACAGAGAGAAACACAGAACACGCACGCACGCACACACACACACACACACACACACAAAUGUGCACACGUCAUGUCUGACCUUUUGGGUAUGUGUUACCAACAACUUAGAAAAUAAAAGUGAAUAUUUAUUUCUACUGACAAUAAGUUUGUUGUGGUCACUACCACCCCACACCAACAAGAUUCCACUCAGUGACUUUAUUACUAAAACAAAAUCCACACAGCCACAUUACAGACACGUGACACACAAUAAUUUCUUUAUUUGAAGG